UUCCAUCUCAUUCCAGUAUAGGCAAUAAUAAUCCAAAAUUGCGACGGAUAGAUGUAGAGAUCUGAUUGCAAUGACUCAAACUUCUUUCGGUCAGAUUCUGUCGUUUUCAUUCUACCAUAUCUGCACCGCCGCAGCAUCUCUUAUAAGACUCUACUGAACGGAUAGAGCACAAAAUCACAAACAUACCGGGCCAUUUGACGGACAUGCCUGUCUACACCCUUCACACGUUCAGACCUCUCCUCAAAAAGUUGGUCGAAACACCCGAAUAUUUCACUGCAGUCGAUUUGAAGAUAGCUUUAAACCAUCUCUUUUCGCCCGAGUGUCUUGCACCAGAACAUAUCGGUGCCUUUCUAACGGCCCUCCAUAUCCACCGAGUGGAACGAAGACCGGAAUCACUGGCUAUUGCUGCGAGUGUUUUGCGAGAACGAGCUCUGAAGGCAAUCGUCGUGAACGGUGAAAACGAUUUCGUGGUAGACAUAGUUGGAACCGGAGGAGAUGGAUACAAUCUGUUCAACGUCAGCACAACUGCUGGGGUUGUUGCUGCAGGUGCUGGCGCGCGUGUUAUAAAACACGGAAGUAAAGCAUCUACAUCUUCUUCAGGUUCUGCGGAUCUUCUUCAAGCUUUAGGAUGCGCCUUCGAGCCACCGCCUGAACUCUCUGCCACACCGCCUGAAGCAACCCCGAUACCACCAAUUCCUUUUUCAUUCAUCCUCGCACCACAUUAUCAUCCCUCACUUGCAGCCCUAGCAUCAUUCCGCAAAAAUCUACCCUUCCGAACGAUGUUCAACGUCCUAGGCCCCCUCAUCAACCCUGCGUUUCCGCAAGGUAUGGUGUUAGGAGUUGCCGAACCUGAGCUCGGAAGACGGUUCGCAGAGUCCUUAAAGGAAGGCGGCGUAAUGCGUGGUCUCGUCGUUUGUGGAUACGAACGACUGGACGAAAUAAGUUGUGCUGGCCCAACAUACGCGUGGGAGCUCAUAGACGGUCAGAUAACCGAACAAACGCUUACCCCAGACCUAUUUGGAUUGGAUUCACAUCCACUCGUAUCCGUUGUUGGGGGGAAUCCAGUUCAGAAUGCGGAGACGUUCCGGCGAGUGUUGAAUUCGGGCAAAAAUAUACCGAAGGAUGUCAAACCUGUCCUGGACUUCAUCUUAAUAAAUGCGUCCGCAUUGUUGGUCGUAGCUGGGUUGGCCAGCGACUACAAAGAAGGCGUCAAGUUGGCGUUGGAGAGUGUAGUCGAAGGCAAAGCUUGGCAAGCUUUCGAAACGUUCCGGAAGCAUUCGGUCAGCUAAAUUCGACUUUGGCCAACAGGGUGUCGGCCGUGACUUGGGGCAUCGUUUCUUUAAUUAAUCCUAACUUAUUGAGCCUAUGCAAAGAGCAUAGGGAUAGAAAUACGGUUUUACCC